CUGCAGUAGCCAGACCAUCAAAAAGCAACUUAUUCCCUCUCUACCUUUUCAAAACACUAUCAAUCUGCCACCGUCCAAUCAGACGCCCGGCCUCACGCCACCGACCAGUGAUAUCGCAGCGGAGCCGGGCUCUGCCGGCCAAUGGGAGCGGGCAUUCUAAUGGGCCCCAUCUUUAUCUCGAGGGUGUCACCUCAACUUGAGCGCAUUCUUAUUUAUGACCCGGGGACUGGGUACUUGCCAGUGGGCAUUCGUCUCCGCCAGAGAGGCUGCAGGACCGCGUGUGUGUGUGUGUCAAAGGUGCCGGACGCUUAACUGUUGACUCUGGGAGUUCCCCCGGCAUGGGCCAGACCAGGUGAGACGCUCACAUACACGCACACACACACACACACACAUACACACACGAGAGCGCACACACACAUACAUACGCGGCGUCUGAGCCCCCGACACACACACGAGACCUGAGCCUCCAGCUGAUCCCAGGCCUGUUGGAGCUCUCCUGAGGAGCCUGCGACUGCGGACACCUGCCCCGGAGCAGCGGGCCACUUUUAUGGGCAUCAGAGGGCCUGGACCCCCCCCCCCCACACACCUGGAGCGCUCACCGCAGGACCUGCUCACACAGACGCCUCGCAGUCGGACAGUCCCAGCCAGCUGCAGGACGGGCGCUCUUACUGGACUAAAGCGUUUUUAUUCUUUUGAUUUUUGAUUUUUUUUUUUUCUACUGAAGCGAAGCCGCGCCAGCUGUCAAUCUGGAGUCGGAGGAGUCUCUGUCCAUGGACCCGUCCCUGCCGGGGUCUUUCCUCUUCAACGGCGGCCUCGGCCAGUUCUCCUCGGACAUCAAGGCGCCCGUGUGCCAGUACUCGGUGCCCAACUCCUUCUACAAGCUCAACACGGGGCUCGGGGCGCAGAUGCCCGCGGGCACGCCGCACGGCAUCAGCGACAUCCUGAGCCGCUCCAUGAUGGGUGCCCCCGGUGCCCCCUUGCUCUCGGGGUACCCCGCCAUGGGAGGGUUCGGCGCCACCAUGAGCGCCCCGGGCAUGUACUACAACAGAGACUACAGCCCGGCGCUGGGCAGCUUCGCCAAGGCCCCCGAGUGCCCGAUGAUGAAGGGGCGCAGCGCGAGCUGCUGGACAGACGCGCCCUACGAGUGCAGAGGACGCCAGUCCUGCAGCAACAACGGCGUACCCAUGGGCGAGGCGAUGGGCAGGAAGAAACACACACGGCCCACGUUCAGCGGGCACCAGAUCUUCGCCCUGGAGAAGACCUUCGAGCAGACCAAGUACCUGGCAGGACCUGAGCGGGCGCGCCUGGCAUACUCACUGGGCAUGACCGAGUCCCAGGUCAAGGUGUGGUUCCAGAACCGGCGCACUAAGUGGCGUAAGAAGAGUGCGCUGGAGCCCAGCUCCACGCAGGCGUCGCGGGGGGAAGGUGCCGGCGACGCGUCCGAGAACGAGGUGGAGGACGAGGAGUACAACAAGCCGCUGGACCCCGACUCGGACGACGAGAAGAUCCGGCAGCUGCUGCGCAAACACCGCCGCGCUUUCUCUGUGCUCAGAUUGGGCCCUCACAUCUGACACUGACAACCGACACACGCACACACACACACACACACACAUAGAUGCACAUA